AUGCAUCUAACAAUCCAUAAUGCUCAUAAUGGCUUAACCACGUCGAUCCAAAAACCCAUACGAUAUCAUUCCUAUCAAAGCUUCAAAGAGUAUAUUGUGGAGUCGUUUACAAAUUACAUACUAGAUGAUGCCAAUAAUGUGUUUUUGUUGACUCAGUUUGGCAUGAGAGUCGACUUCAACAUAAUCAACGAACUAAAUGAUAUUUAUUUUUUCGACAAACGACUAUUUGUCAACGAAAACCCAGCCUCCAUUUUAAAGGAUUAUGCCACCCAAACUAUGCGAGAUAUCCCUCCUCCCAAGCAUCCCCUGCUUGCUCCAUAUAGUCGGGGACUCAAUAUCCGGCAAAUGAGUAGCAGUUUGCGGUCGAAUGCUGGAUGGUCUAUGUCUGUCAAAGUAGACGCAGCAUUGGCCGAUGAACAAGUUCGAGCAUAUAAGCGGCAAAUCAGCGUGAUGUUCCGCUGCCUUAGCAUUAUGUUUGAGUUUAUCGCCAGCUUUACGUCGGAUAUCGAAAACUCAUUCACAAAGUUUUACAAUCACAUCAACCAAUUGAGCCUCAAGACCCUUCAUGAACAUUGGAAAUCUCACUACAAAACGCUUGCGAGCAGGCCCCAGUUCACAUUCAAGAACGGUAAGUCUGUUCGUCUUGCGGAUAUGCUCAACUACGAUGCUUUAGUUGAAGCGUCGCAGUUUGUAGAAAGAAACUUGCUGACUGUGAUCGACCAGUUCAACCAGCUAUCGGCCACCAUUAACGAGGUGAAUAAGUCCAAAAUAGAUAUCGAUGGUGAAAUUCAGGUUUUGAGAGACGAGUCGAUUGCUGAAUUUGCAUCUUUAAAGGCUCUGGAAUCACUUGUCGAAGACAUCAAGUCCAUCGGCACCGCAAUCUCGACAGAAAUUGACCUGAUAGCAUCGUCUGAAAGCCGUGUUUUGGGCGAUAUAUACACAAAACAUGUUGAGCUGUCCAAAAAAUUGGACGAAAAGUACGUCCAACUUUACAAUGAUCUCACGAAACUCGACCAGUUCAAGGACAAAUUGGCUGAAAAGGGAACCGCCUUGUUUCGGCAUUGCGCUCGGUUGCAGAUGCAAAUGGUUAACGUCAAGCUAGCAUUGAACGAGUUUGAUUCUAGAAAGCAAGAAGGCAAGCAACGCAGCGCUAUGCAAAAAGUUCAAGAGAUCAAAAAGAAGGAAGAGUAUUUAUCGUUGACCAUAGACUUGCCAUUGCUUUUUGGGUUUGCAAUUAUCGAAAUGCGGCGCCAAUAUGAAUGGUAUGACUUCUUUGCCUCGGGUGCAGUCAGUAACGUUACUGAACAGCUCCAGGUAAUUAUAAACCAAGAACGUGUGUUCCGCAAAAUCUGGGCUAAGAAAAUCGGAUCUUUUCUCUCCAUCUUGGACUCUUUGCCGUCCGAUUUAUCCCAGACUCUUCCAUCUCUCGAUGUGACAGUGGUCAAGGGUCGAGAAGACUUUUUCGGAAAGUUUUGGAUUCAUGAUAUUCAAAGGGAAGAUAUCGACAAGUACAUCAAGUGGGUCGGUAGUAUCGAUGCCGGGAAGCAUGCCAAUUUCUCCAUGCUUCUUGAAAGAAAUUUCGAAGACUUGAUCAAGUCCACCAAUGCCAUGAAGCUGGUUACAAAGGCAAUAGGGACGCUCUCCUCGUACACUUCUCCUGAAAAUAUCGAUGCUGUACAACCCAACGACAAAAAGGAAGAUCAGGACUUGAUCCAGGGCUACAAGAAUAGAAUUCGAAAGCUAGAAAACUUGCUUCACCAACAGCAGUUCAAAGAUCUUUCAACCUGGCCUGUGAUCAAGGGAGCCACUCAGGAUCAAAGUAUAAUAUUCAAUCCUAAGCGAAAUUCCGGCGUUGGCUCGGAUAAUGUCUUGGUACAUCUGCAGCACGACGCAAAAAUCCUAUUGCAGAACCACCGAUCGUCCAUCAAAGACGAACUGUCAUCCAGGACCGACCACUUAAAACUUGCAAAAGAAAACGAGGAUUUGAGAAAACGUUUGCAGGAGCUUCAAAUUGGCGGUGAGAGAAGAGUCGAAGCCAAAGUUCCAUUUGAAGCGAGCCUUUCGGGAACUAAGAUAUUGGCUCAACAAAACACUGAAAUCUUGGCGCAAAAGAAGGCACUAGAGAUGAAAGUUGACAGUCAGCUCCAGGUUAUUGAAAAAAUACAAAAAGAGUCGAGUGAAAAAGAUAACGAGAUAUUUGCUCUCAAAAAGCAGAUUCAAGAUCUCACGGGAGAAGCCAAUGAAUUCUACGCAAGGAAUGAAGAACUCAAGAAGAACGCUGAGGUGAAAUAUGAUCAUUUGGUGCAAGAGUUAAAUGAAGAAAAGGACAAGUCUUCUAGCUUGUCGUCGGAGCUAGAUGCAAUGAAAAGAGGUGCCAAUGAUCGAAAAGACGCCGAGAAGGCUAUAGCCGAAUUGACGAGUGUCGCUUCAGAUUUGUACGGCAAGCUCGUUGACCACUCGCAUAUUACGUUUGAUUAUGUUCUCACGCUUUCGUAUAUUCUUGAGAAGAUGGGGUUGAUGCUUACCAACGAAGAAGGCAAGAACAACGUCUUCAAGAUCAGAAGAGUGAAAGGUUUGCGAUCAAGGAAACAGGACGGUGAGAACUCACAAACCGAUGUUGGUUCGCCUGUGCCCGGUGCAAUCAAAAACAUGAUGGUUUGGUCUCACACAGAUAUCAAUGUGAAUCCAGCAGACAUGAUAGAGUCUGCGAAAGAAAUCAUCAAUGUGUGUCGCAACAAGAUGGAUGAAACAUUUGAUAAGUAUAAUCAAGUUGUGGCUUUCAGGUCGAAUGUGAGUAUCGAGCAGGUGAGUGAGCACGACAUAAGAACCAUCGAAUUCUUUCUGAAUGCUGUAGUCAAGAGAUUCAAGGACGUGGAAGGACUUGCCAAAAAAUUGGCUAAGGAAAAGAAAACCUAUGAGACUCAACUACAAAAGCUCACUCGAAAGAUGAGUGCAAAAGUCACCUUGAGUAACUUUCAAACCAAUGAUUUAGUUCUCUUUCUUCCGACCAGGCUAGAGACAAAGGAACCUCAGGAGGUGAUACAGCCGUGGACAGCGUUCAAUAUAGGGACUCCUCACUACUUUUUGAAGAGCCAACCGAGCGUCGAAAGAGAGUGGAUAGUGGCUCGGAUUGUCAGUAUUGUGGAACACACGGUGACAGCCACCAACAAAAACGACACCUCUUUAAAUCCGUACAGGUUGAGCGAAGGUAUUACUUGGUUUCUGGUCGAGGCGAAAGAGGUAAGUCAGUAA